AUGAGAUUGUCCGCGUUGCUAUUAGCCGGAAUUUCGGCCUCUGUGGCAUCUGCCGUGCCGCUUGUGGGAACGGAGCAACAAGUCCUCAACCUGGACCUUCACCAGGAAGACUUUUUACCAGAAGUCGACUCUGAGACACUUCAGGGACUCAUUAUUGAAGAUGCCCUGAGAAGCAGAGCCGAGGACCUUUUCAAGAUUGCUGAGCAUUCUGUGGCUCAAUUUGGACAUCCAACAAGAGUCAUUGGCUCCAAGGGCCACUGGAAAACAAUUGACUACAUCAAGAAGGAGAUUUACAAACUCGGCGGAUACUACAAUGUCUCCGUUCAAGAAUUUCCCGCUUAUAUGAGUGAGAUUUACAGCAUGGGGGCAUUUAUUAACGGCACUAAACCAGAUUCGCUCACUGAGAUGGAUAUGAGCCCACCUACUCCGAACAAGGAUUAUGUGAGCGGACCCUUGGUACUUGUCUCCAACAAUGGAUGCGAUCUUUCGGACUUUCCAGAAGACACUGAGGGCUCCAUUGUUCUAGUUCAAAGAGGUGUGUGUCCGUUCGGCAAGAAAUCCCAAAACGCCGGCAAUCUUGGUGCCAAGGCCGCCAUCAUUUACAACAAUGAGGAGGGAAGUAUUAGGGGAACGUUAGGCGUUCCUCCUAAAGGAGCUGUUGUUGCUCCCACUGUUGGCAUUUCCAAGCUAGAGGGUGAAAAGUAUGCUUCUCUUUUGCGCAACACCUCGUUGAACGCCUCUGUUAUGGUCGACUCGUUUGUUGGAGAAAUCCAUACAUUGAAUGUCAUUGCAGAGACAAUUGAGGGUGAUCCUGACAAUAUUGUUAUGCUUGGUGCUCAUUCUGACAGCGUGGCUGCUGGCCCAGGGAUUAACGACGACGGGUCUGGUACGAUUUCGUUGCUGGAGGUUGCCAAGCAAUUGUCCAAAUUCAAGGUCAAUAACAAGGUGAGAUUUGCAUGGUGGGCUGCUGAAGAAGAAGGACUCCUUGGCUCCAACUACUAUGCAGAGACACUUUCUCCGGAAGAAAACUUCAAAAUUAGACUUUUUAUGGAUUACGACAUGAUGGCAUCUCCGAACUAUGAGUACGAGGUCUAUAACGCUUCCAACGCCGUGAAUCCAGUUGGAUCGGAGGAACUGAAGAAUCUGUAUAUCGAUUACUACGAGUCGAAGGGACUGGAUUAUGUUCUCAUUCCAUUUGAUGGCAGAUCCGACUAUGUUGGGUUCAUUGAGAAUGGAAUCCCAGGUGGAGGGAUUGCUGCCGGUGCCGAGAAAAAGAAUGCUUUCAAUGGUGAGGUUCUGGAUCCUUGCUACCAUAGCCUGUGUGACAACCUCAGUAACCUUGCUUACGACGCAUUCGUGGUCAACACAAAGCUCAUUGCGCACUCUGUCGCAACCUACGCCAAGUCUUUGGAGAAUUUCCCUGCUAGACAGAAGACAGUGGAUGCUCUUGGCCAAGCUGGUUACAAGUUCCAGUACCGCGGCUCUCACUUGAUUAUUUGA